CUUCCAGACUAUAUGAAGAGAAUAUUUUAUUUUUAUUUAGACUAAGAAACUACAGAAAAUCAGCUCUGCAUGUGAUCUCCCCUUUACUGCUCAAGGAGGGCACACACACAUCAACAAAUAUCAAUGCAACAAUUACAGAUGAACAAUUUCUCACAGCUUCAGAAGAAGUCAGAGUUCUGUGUAAUUCAGAAAUUGUCUAAGACCUCUGCUAGAACAUUUUCUGCACUUCAAAAUAAAUGACACCUGGGUCCAUUAAAAGAAGGUGAUGCUGCCUGAACCACCAGCCAAGGCUGGGAGGAAAGGGAGGAACACUAGUAAAAUGAAGGAAGAAAAGCAGCCCACCCUAUCUCAUGGUCACGGAUACAAAAGUCAGGGAGUGUUAAGAAGAAGACACCACACUUAAUACCAUGGUUUUAUGCAGUGAAUUACACCAGAGAGAACUUUUGCAUUUUAACUGUGUUACGUAACAUUCCUCAGCCUUCAUUUUUUUCCACAGAAUGCAGGACAUAAUUUACGGUGCCAAACAAAACAGCGGAACUGCAUUGUAGCCAAUUAUUUGUUUCAGUAGUUUUAAGAUAAAUAGAACAUAAAAUGGUUGUUUUACUUAGGUAAAAAUCCAGUUGAAACAGACUUUAUUUUAAAAAAGUUACAUUGGCUUUAAGUGAUGGCACAUGUCGCUUGUGUUAAUACUGCUUUGAUUUUGAGGAUGAAGUCUGAAGUGUAGGUGACAUGCAGAAGCAUGCAAUUUGACGUUUGGGGAUUGUAGUUUUUAAUGGGACAAUUUGAAUAAGGAAUACUGGUAAUAUGCUUUUUAAGGGGACAGCACACGAAAAUUAUAAUACAGAGUAUUAAAAGAACCGCUCUUUAAAGGAACUGAAUUAUCUUAGUGUAUUUUACAUCACAAGCACUCUCGGUCCGUUGGGGAGUCCGUCCCACUGUACUUGGAGAAUGCUGCCAUGCAUUAAUCAUAAAUUUCAUUCAGUUGUGCGACAGAAGUUCCCUUCUAAUGUUUUCUUCAACAUAACAAAGUCCCACGGUAACAAAAGCGCUGAGGCCAGGAUCGUUAAUUGCAAUGUGGGGAAUGCAGACCAGCUGGGGUGGGGGAUCGUGCUCAGUCACGGUAAAAGGCAAACGGGUAAAUUGUGAAUACGCUCUUAAUCUAACUACAGCUUCUUGAAUUGUGGGAGGCGUGUGUAACAUAACGUUGUUCCACAUACCAAUAUCACUACGUAUCGGUAUCGCAAAACAAAGUUUUAAAUGUUAAGAUUCUGUCAUUCUGAAAAUCAGAGUAUUUAAGACAUUAUGUUACAUAGCGAUUUGUGGAGAUAAAUGCCCUCGGACAGUAGCGUUCAUUUCAUAUUAAGUCUCUUUAAGUCAUUGUUUUAUGUUAUGCAGGAUGAAUGUGCGAAUUUUAAUUAAUCAUCCUUUAAGGGUUAUAUGCUUACGGUGUUGUAUACUAUUCUCGGUGAACAAGUUAACUUAUAAAAGUCUGUUCCUCUAAUUAUAGAAUAAUAUAUAGAAUAAUUAUACAAGAGCUAUAAUUAUUAUGAUGUUAUUAUUUAAUUGUGUGGGCCGUGUUGCUUGAUUACAUUUGACUCUUCGGCACGUGGGACGCUGCCGGUUUGAAAGACGCAGCUUCACUUGUUUUCUGCACCAAGAUGACGAGAAACAAACGAAUUGCAAAAGCUGUCAGCUGGAGCAACGAUCGAUACUGGGCAACUUGGGACAAGUGGAUGGAAGUGAUUGACUGGGAAGAUGAGGAAGAGCUGUGCUCCCCAGCAGAAUCACCCUCUGACCAGGCUGACCGUUCCAUCGUGUCACACACCCGAAAGCCAAUUGCCAAGGCAGUUAGCUGGACGGAUGAUGUGUAUUGGGCAGCCUGGGACAAGUGGGAUGAGAUCAUCUGCUGGGGUGAAGAAGGAGAGUGCUCCCCAGCAACUCCACCCAUCAACCAGCCUGGGAGGGAUAAGGGGUUAGACAUGCAUGGGUUAGAGGUUUUUCUGUUAAAUGAAAGGACAGUCUCCAUAAAGCCUGCAGAUGACCACCAAGACAGGCUGAAAAUAGGAGCCGUAGUGGUCGACCUCUGCCAGUUUGAGCUAGAUGGUGUAAAUGAUAAAUUUGAAAUUGUCGAAAUACAAAUUGGAGAGGUCAAAUUGGAGGAGACUGCAGAGAGGGGUUUUAAUUCAGAAUUUGAAUUGGAAAUUAUGGAUGUGGAGAUAGAGGUUGUAGACAGUGAAUUCCAGCUGAAUGCUCUUAAUUGGGAAAUUGCUGGAACUAAAGUGGACAAAUUAUUAGUGGAACACCUGAACAUAAAUAAUCUAGAAGCAGGCAGUGUGAAGGUGUCCACAUCAAAUGGGAAUGUGGUAUAUGUCAAUGGUAUGUGAGUGUGUUUGGUAAUGAUGGGUGUGAAUGGUGUGUGUAAGUG